UUUUUAAUUUAGCCGUGACCCCAACGCGAACGUCUCUUUCUGAAUUGCCUUCCUUCCUUCCCCCCGAUUGAGAGAGAGAGAUAAAUAAUACGAGUAAUAAAAAAAAAACAAUUACAAUACAAACUCAACACACAGUCUCUCCCUGGUUUAGGUUUCAUUCUUUCUCAGAUACACAUAUAUACGCAUACUUACACAUCAUCCAAAAAUUAAAAAAGAAAAGAAAAAGUAUUUGUUAUUAUGGCCAAGAAGAAAGCAACGAUGACCCUGAAAGACUUCCACGGUGGUUCCAUUCCUUCCGAUCUUCCUCUUCCUUCCGCUCCCGGCGUGACUGUGAGGCCUAUGAAUCAUACUGGAUUUGAUCGAAAUAUGUCAUGGUCGAAUUCCAUGGGUCGGCAAGAUCACAGACUGCGACCGGGCUCCGCCGGUUCCGUUAGAACUUUUGAUGACAAGACUCCCUUUCUUUCGCACAAUGUGCAGAUCGGCCGUAACUUUGAUGAAGAUGAAAGGAAGCCUUUGGAUGGCGGUUCUGGUCCACGUAGGACUGUAAGUGAUGACAAUAUCCGUGGUGGUGGUGGUGUGCCGGUUCGGCAUGAAGUGAAAGUUGAUUAUCCGUCGGCUGGGAAUGUGCCUGCUCGACCGUCGACUACUCCUGUGUCGCAGUUCUCUAGUAGUGGCACCGGUGGUUCUUAUGCUGCUAGGUUUGGUGAAGCGGCUAACGUUGGUAGUGGGAGGUCGUACACCAAAAGUAGUGAGAGGUUUGUUGAAAGUACGGUCAGUGGGACGUUUCCAAAUGCGUGGGGACCUAGGAAACCGGCUGUUGGAGUUUCGGAGCCUGUUGCUGCUUCUUGGUCUGCUCCUGAUGCUGCAACCAAGUUAGCUCAUGCAAGUGCACUUGAGAAGGUGACUUCUGGUCGCUGGCUUUCGAACCAAAAUAAGCAGGUGGAUGUUGAGGUCAUCAGACAUCCGGAGCCUGAAGCCAAAGUGCUAGCAAAGGGAAAUACACACACCACGUUUUCCCAAGGAUCGGCGGAUGUUACUAGUGGGAGGGAGUUUCAUGAUGCUUCUUUGGCUCGACAUGCUGACAGGAGCCUGACCGUAAAUGAUGGGGUUCAAGGUCAGCCACCUUCUGUACCAUCAGAGUUAACUGAGCGGCCUAAGUUGAAGUUACUUCCAAGAUCUAAACCAGUUGAAAUUUUGGAACCCCCGGUUGCUUAUAAGCAGAAUAUCCUACUGUCAGGGGAGCCAGUUAUGGUGGAAAUCAGAAAUGAAACUUAUGGAAAUGCAAGUUCCGUGGUACAUACUGCUGUAGCUGGACCAGAGGACGCUCAUCAAGCAAUUGAGCGACCGAGAGUGAAUUUAAAGCCUCGGUCACAACCUCUUGAACAAGUGGAAAAGAGCACUGAAAGAGAAAGGAAUGCGUUGUUUGGUGGUGCUCGCCCUCGAGAAUUGGUUCUGAAAGAACGGGGAGUUGAGGACGUUGCUGUUAAUCAUGACAUGAUCCAGUCUCCUAAUAGGAUGAAAAAGGACAUCACCAGGACCGAGAAUCUGCCCAUUCACCAUAUCGUUACCCCGCGCCAUAACGGGAAACCUGAGUCCCUUGACCAUUACAGAACUGGAAAGACCAUUGAUAGACGGGAUGCAGAAAAAUCAGAUGCUCAGAGGAGAAGCAACUGGAGAAAUGAGAGUCGUAAGAGCAGCAGAGACCUUGAGCAGCAGCAGCCACUGGAGAGACCACCUUCACCGGAAACCUGGCGCAAACCUGUGGACCCUGCACCGCAGGCUGGACCCCGUUAUGGAAAAGCAGCCUCCGCAGUUGAGCUAGCCCAAGCCUUUUCUAAAUCUGUUUCUGAUCCCAAGGUAGCCACCGAUCGGUUCUCUAGCCAGAGAGGGCUUCCUGGGCAGAGCCAGAUUCCAUUUUCUAGGUUAACAAGCCAACCUGCUAGUAGACCUCAUAUCAAUGGACACUGAUUUUCAUACAAUAUAUCAAUUUUUCAACGUACCGAUGAAGCUCAGAACUCAGGACUCGGUUCCAACAAAGAUUGCAUGUCCACUGGCGGUUGUGUCCACUUAAAUAGUUCCAUACUCUCUCACAUGUGAAAUUAUGUGUGGGAAGUUCAAGUUGCGUCUGCUUGACAUGUGACACCCCCAUGAUCACUAGAAAAGUCGAGUGGGAGAAAACAUUACCUUCUUGCUUAGUGCGUUAUUUAUCAGGAAGUUUGAUUUUAACUUAAGAGCAAAAGCUUAUUUGAUGCACACAUCAUUUGUUUUAAGAUGUUUAUGCAUUUGACAGUGUCUUGAUAUUCA